AUGAUAGGUAUUAAGAAAGUUGCCGGUGGCAAUCUAAAUGAAUCUCGUCUCGUGCAGGGUGUAGCUUUCCAAAAGGCCUUCAGCUAUGCUGGAUUUGAAAUGCAACCUAAGCAUUAUGAAAACCCUCUUGUUGCGCUACUGAACAUCGAGUUGGAACUGAAAGCUGAGAAAGACAACGCAGAAAUGCGUCUGACGACAGUGGAGGAGUUCCAGGCGGUAGUUGAUGCUGAAUGGGAUAUUCUCUACAAUAAACUAGAAAAAAUCCAUGAGAGUGGCGCAAAAAUUGUGUUGUCAAAGUUGCCAAUAGGGGACGUGGCUACUCAAUGGGACAUGUUUUGUGCUGGUCGUAUCCCUCAGGAAGAUUUGGAUCGUAUUAUGGCAGCCUGUGGUGGUUCUAUACUUACUACUGUCUCCCAGAUUGAUGCUUCUGUGCUAGGAAAAUGUGAGAAGUUCUACGAACAACAAGUUGGAAGCGAACGGUGA